UAAAUCAAAUAAAUAAAAUUAUAAAUGUGCGAAUAAAUGUAAUAAUUUUCGUCUAUUCCAUUAAAUCACCUUUAUAUAGUGUUAUAUUGUGCCCAUUUAAAAAUUAACAGCAAUAAUAGCACCCUCUACCAAAUAUUAGCGAGUUGUGGAAAAUAUUGAUUUUUAGAAUCUUCUUAUCAGUACUCGCAAUAUGUGAGCAUAACAAAACCAGCCGUCGUAUACUUCACAAUCCUACAAACCUUUUUGCUUAUGAAAUGCGAAACUAGUGCCAGAUAAACAUAUCAAGUUGAAGAGAGUAGCAUACCCCACGGCUGAUAACCUCCCAACCCUCAUCCUAUAUUUUUGUUGAUACCUGCGUCAGCACCAUAGGGCUCGCCGAGACUGCCGUACUGGACAUUAUGGCUGCUAACCUACAACAGCAGCGCAUCAUUAACGAACAGCUGCGACGGGAGGCGAAUGUACCGCGCAUACAGGUGUCACAGGCAUGUCAGCGGAUGAUGAAAUACAUGCUGGAGCAUGAAAGUGAGGAUUGCCUGCUGAAUGGAUUCUCUAGCCAAAAAGUGAAUCCAUUUCGCGAAAAGAACUCGUGUAAUAUUUUGUAAGUACUUUUCUUGCCUUGAGUAGGCAAAACAUGGUUGCAAUUUUUUUUCGCUUCUCUUAUACUUAUGUUUAAAACAAUUUAAAACAAUAUAACUUGUUCCAACAGUGCUAACUAUUUAUUAUUUUAUUUAUACACACCUAAACAUACCUAAAACAUGAUUUUAUUUAUAAUUAAAUUGGUUUAAUUGCAACCAUUGCCACACUCUCAACUCUAAAUGAAAACAAAAGUCUCAUAAGCAACCUCAAUUACCUAGGAGCUGUCUAAGUAGAAUGUGUAGAAGCGAUAAAUCGCAGACAUAAAUAAAUGUUUAUAUUGUAUACACGCACUAAGAGAACAAAUAAAAUGAUGGAAUAAAUAAACAAAACAAAAAAAGCAAAUUAAA